AUGAUUAAAUUCCAUAAUUCGGACCUAUGGAUUGCUUGGCUGGUUUUAUUUUGCAUGGAAGUGAGCGUGAGGGCGUUGGAUGUCACAGUGACCCAGAGCAGCAUCCAGGUAGCCCGCGGCCAGGCGGCCAUCUUGCCCUGCUCCUUCUCCACCAGCGCUGCCCUCAACAACCUCAACAUUAUCUGGAUGGUCAUCCCGCUGUCCAAUGCCAACCAGCCCGAACAGGUGAUCAUCUACCAAGGUGGCCAAGUGUUCAGUCUCGCCAACCACUUAAAUGGCCGGGUGGGUUUUGUGGCCACCAUGCCCAGCACAAGUGCCUCUAUCUUCAUCAACAACACCCAGCUGUCAGACACGGGGACAUACCAGUGCCUGGUCAACAACCUCCCCGACAGAGGGGGGCGCAACAUCGGGGUCAUCGGCCUCACCGUGCUGGUGCCCCCCUCGGUGCCUGCAUGCCGUAUCCAGGGCACACUGGACGUGGGCGCUGACAUCAUGCUGAUGUGCAGCAGCGAGGAGGGGAUCCCCACGCCCAUCUACGCCUGGGAGAAGCUGGAGUCGCUGCCCAAGCUGCCCCACACCGCCAUGCAAGACCAGAUGCAAGGGACCGUAACACUGAGGAACAUCAGUACCAGUACCUCUGGUCUGUACCAGUGUACAGCCUCCAACGCCAUCGCCAAGAGCACCUGUCUACUCAACCUGCAGGUUGUGGCACCCCAGCCCCAGAGUGUGGGUCUUAUAGCUGGCACCAUCGCCACGGGCGUGUUGGCAGUCAUCAUCUGCUCCCUACUGGUGCUGGUGACACUCUUCUACUGGAAGAACAAGAACACAUACGAGGAGGAGGAGAUACCCAACGAGAUCAGAGAGGACGACCUGCCCCCUAAGAGGUCGUCGUCAGUGAAAGCGUUUCACGCCGACGCCUCAUCCUCGGAGAACGACACCCUGACGUCCACCAACACCUACAACAGCCGCUAUUGGCACAACCCCAAGCCCAACUACGACACCAACUCCUACACCCGCUGCAACGGCGACACGCGCCAGACGUUCCCUACGGGGCAGGCGGGUCGCACAGGUCAAACAGGGGGACAUGCAGCUCACACAGGACACGGGACACUGGCGCCGCCGGGCUCCGCCCCCCUGGCAUGUCAGGCCUACUCUAAUGGUAGCCACACCCUCCCCCCGCACAAGACUCUGGUGGUCACCACCAACUCCGCCCCCUCCCCGCCCACCAUGGUGCGCAGCAAUGGCUCGGUCAGCCUGAAGCCCGUGACGGUGGCAUCGCACGGCGGGUACACGCACUCGUACGCCGUAAGCCAGGCCACGCUGGAGCGCAUGGGCGCCGUGCCCGUCUUGGUGCCAGCCCAGAGCAGAGGAGGCUCUCUGGUCUAA